AUGUAUAUCAGAGAGCUUAAGAUAUGCGGGUUUAAAACGUAUAGGGAUGAAACGACGAUAUCGUUCCACCCUGGAUGUAAUUGUAUUGUGGGUCUAAACGGUAGCGGAAAGUCGAAUAUACUUGCAGCAAUACAGUUUAUAUUGUCCGAUUCAUUUGGGAAUACCUUAGUUGAGAGACGUGCGCUUUUGCACGAAGGCCUUGGUCCUCAAGUGACAGAGGCAUAUGUCGAGUUGUCACUCGACAAUGUUGGGCGUCGUCUCUCUAUGUACGAUGAAGAUAUAGUUACUAUUAAGAGAAUAUUCCGAAAUUCUAGUCAAAAAAAUGAAUGGCAGGUAUUGGGAAAAAAUAUUCCUAAGAAAGAUUUUGAUUCAAUUUUGGAGAGUUGUGGCAUAACUAGGAAUAAUCCUUAUUUCAUAGUUCGUCAGGGUAAGGUGGCAGAACUUGCAACUAUGUCUGAUGCUUCCAGAUUAAGAUUAUUGAAAGAAAUUGCGGGAACAAGGACAUAUGAUGAGAAAAGAGAAGAGAGCAUCAAACUGCUGCUUGAAACUGAAACGAGAAAAAAUAAAGUUGAUUCUGUAUUUGAUGACAUACAAAAGCGAAUUGAUAUAUUAAAGGAUGAACAAAAGGAAUUUAAAGCUUUUUUGAGUUUGGAUAGGAGAAGGAGAACUUUGGAGUUUUUGUUGAAUGAGUAUGAAUGGGAAGAAGCAAGUAAGGGAGAACAAGAAUACUAUGAAAAGUUGUUAAAAUCGCGUGAUAAGCUCGCUUCUGUUGAAAGAAAUUUGAGUACAAUUAGUUCAAACACAAGAUCGUUAAUUGAAUCCCAGAAUAAUUUAGAUAUUCAACUUGAGGAGUUGGAGCAUAAAAAAAAAGAGAUCCAAAAUAAGAUUUCGUAUUAUUCAGUUUCGAUUGCCGAUUUAAAUUUUGAAAAAAACACAAAUGAUUGUCAGAAGAAAAUCAAAAAUUUAUCUAAACUUGAAGAAGAGACAAAAGGCAAGAUAUUAGAUAUUGAAACUAAAAUUAAUAAUGAAAAGGAGUUAUUAAAUAAGUUCAAAAUGAAAUAUAAUUUCAUUUUAAAAGAAAAAGACCUACUCAAGCAAAAAGAGUCGAAUUUGAUUUCAAAGAAUGAUGAAAUUGAGUUUUCUACUAUUGAUGAGAAAAAAUGUGCAAUCAAUAGAAAAAUAGAGCUUCAUAAUAUAGAAAAAGAAAAGUUAAGCUCACAUUUAAACUCAAUAAAAAAGUCUUUAGUUGAAAAAGAAAACGAGUUGCAAAUUUUAGAUUCGAAUAUUUUUAAGUGGAAAGAAGAACAUUUUAAAAGUCAAAAAGACCUUAAUUCUGUAAUUGAGAAGAUAGAAGUUAAUAUAGAAGAGCGUAAAACGGCCCUUGAGAAGAAACAUGAAAUUAACAAGUCAUUGUAUAAAAAAGAAAACCAUUCAAAAAUGAUAUCAAGCCAAAUUCAGGAAAAGGAAAAUUAUAUUAAUUGCAGAACAAAACAUUCGAUAAAAAUGGGAUUAAGUCUUGCACGUGAGUAUUGUGACAAAAACAAUUUAUUGUGGGGAGUUGUGAGCAAUUCUGAGGAGAUGAGUGAAACACAGGUGUUCGGCACCCUAUUAGAAGUUAUUGAUGUUGAUGAUGUAUAUUCCACUGCAGUAGAAGUAGCAGCGGGCAAUAACAUUCACAAUUUAAUUGUGAAGGAUAAAGAGGUUGCUACGAAAAUGAUAUCUCAUAUUAAGACAUUUAACAAUAGCCGAGGGAUUGAUAAAAAAUAUGGGCAAAAUUAUUCAAUUGUAUUUAGUCCCAUUGAGGAUAUAAAAACAUUAGGUACAAGCUAUUUUAAAUGUGAAUUUGCUUCUGAAAAAAAUGCAAUUUCAAUGAUCGAUGUGAUUCAGUUUGAUGAAAGAGUGAGACCGGUGAUCGAACAGAUAUUUGGAAAUUACGUCAUCGUUGAAAGUCUAGACCAUGCUAAGUAUUUGGUUGACAAAUACAAUGUAAAUUGCAUAACUUUAGAUGGAGAUCUGUGGGAUAAUAAGGGUUGCAUUAGGGGAGGAUAUCUUUGCUUGAGUCCUCCAGGAAUUCAAAGUAGCCUCAUUAUUUGCUCAAAGCAACUAAAAAAUCUAAUUCACGAAAAUUCGAUUUUGUAUUCAGAAAUAAAUAAUAUUAAAAGUGAGAUAAGAGAGGUUGACGACCUAGUAUGUGAGUUAAACCGUAGUAGGGAAGAAUUCCUUAGUAUUAGGGAGAGAUUGAUAUCACAGGUUUCGAAAUCAAAGGAAAUGGUUCAUUUGUCCGAAAGUAAAAAAAGAAAUAUUCAGUCAAUUAUUAUUAAGGUCAGAGAAGAAGAGGAAAAAGCUCUCAGAAAUAUUGACACAGUUCAAAAUUAUAUUCUUACAUUAAAAAAUGAAUUAUCCUGUGAUUCUCUUUCUAAUGGACUAAACACAGAUGAGGAAAACUUACUAAAAGAAGUUAUAUCAAAAAUAAGAGCACUCGAACAUUAUGAGAUUCCAAAAGUGGAAAGGGAACUUUCCGAUCUUUAUAAUAAUAUAGAUAAAUAUGAAGUCCAUUUGAACGCUCUCUAUGAAGAUUUUUACCGUGUUCAAGAAGAGAAGCAGGAAGAGGAUUAUAGGACACUAAAUCGUGGUUACUUUGAAGCUAACGGUUUGCUAUUGGAGUAUAAUAAAUCUCUCGAAGAAUCUAAAGAGUCUUUGAGUGAAAUAGUAAAUAAAGUUGAAUCAAUAAAAAAACAAUCAUCAAAAAUUGAAGAUCUUAAACAUUCGGCUAUGCAAGAAGAGAGUAUAGCUAUGAAUAACAGAAAAGAAUUAGUGGCUCUCACUUCAAGUCUACAAAAAAAGUAUGAUAAAUUUCGGCAAGCUAAAGAGCUCGCUUUACAUGUGAGGACUAAAUAUUCUGAUUUUCAAAGUACUAUUUCUGAGAUAAAUAUACCAAAAGAAAAAAACGGGAUUUAUCAGGAACUUAAAAUUAUACAAAAAAAGUUAUCAGAAGACUACAAAUCUAUUAACCGAAGGGUUAUUUCCGAGUUGGAUCAAUUCAUUCAAGAGUAUACUGAUCUAUCAGAUCGCCACAAAGAAUUAAAUUCGGCUAUGAGUUCUAUUCAAUCAUUAAUCGAAACCUUAGAUAUUCAAAAAGAAAAAACUUUACUGAAAACUUUUGAAGAAAUUAAUUUCUAUUUCAACCAGGUAUUUAGGGAGCUAAUUCCAAACGGAGAUGCAAAACUUUUCCUUAGACUAUCAAAUGAAGUAAGAAGCACAACGAAUGAGAACGAAGAUAAUACAAACAGGCCGUUUGCUAGAAAAAGUGACUCCAUUGGUAAUUGCUGUUCAAAUACUGCAAAUACCAAAGAAGACGAUUCAAAUCUUUUGGGAAUCGGUAUUAGAGUUACUUUUCAUGUAGGAAGCAGUUCUCAAACAAAUUCAACAAAUUUGCAGCAAAAAAACAGUGGCCCAACCGAAAGUUAUUAUUCUCUUAACCAGCUUAGUGGCGGCCAGAAAACACUGGUUGCAUUAGCAUUCUUGUUUGCGUUACACAGGGCGGAUCCUGCACCCAUGUACCUUUUAGAUGAAAUAGAUGCCGCACUUGACGAUCAGUAUCGAUGGUCUGUUGCAAAUUUGAUCAAAAAGCAAUCGAUUUCAACACAGUUCAUUGUAACAACAUUUAGGCCACAAAUACUUGAGGUCGCGGAUAGGUAUUUUCGAGUAUCUCAAGCAAAUAGAUCUAGUUAUGUAGAAGAAGUUUCCAAGCAACAAGCUUUGGAGUUGCAGCAAGAACAAUAUCAACAAAAGAAAGCACAUGAAUUGAUAUCUGAUGAAUGA